AUUGCAGUUGCAGGUGUGACACAGAAAAAAUACUUCGUCAUGAAGGUCCUUAUUGUUCUCCUUUUGGGUUUGGCUUGUGCCCUCGCCGAUCACGAUCACCACCACCACGAAGAGUAUGUGGUGAAAACCCACGACGAUUUGGUGACCUAUCGCACCUACUGUGCCGAGAAGGUUCACGCCAGCGAGGAGCUCGUGGAUAAGUACAAGAAGUGGCAGUACCCCGAUGACUCUGUGACCCGCUGCUACUUGGAGUGCGUCUUCCAGAAGUUCGGCUUCUACGAUCCGGAGCAUGGCUUCGAUGUCCACAAGAUCCACGUUCAGCUGGCUGGACCCAAUCAGGCCGACCAUUCCGACGAGACGCACCAGAAGAUCGCCCACUGUGCCGAGACCCACUCCAAGGAGGGCGACUCCUGCUCGAAGGCCUACCACGCCGGCAUGUGCUUCAUGAACUCCAACCUGCAGCUGGUCCAGCACAGCGUUAAGGUCUAGAGGAGCCACGGAUACUGCCGUCCAGAACCAUCUGAUCGCUUGCUUGCAGUUCAAGUUUUAAAUAAAUGAUGCACUCGUAACACAGAUUUGUACUAAA